CAAGUGGGACAUUUCAUGUCACUUGUUUAGAUUAUCGAUUUUGAUACAAUUUAGAAUUUAUUUUGACGUCCAUGAAAAUAUUGCCUUAAAGAUCUCAAUGACAAACACGUGGCAAUAGGUUUAGAUCCGUCUCUCCUAUUUUCUUGUUAUCAUCAAUCAGCUUCGAAUAAAGAACAAAUACUUGGCUUAUGAUUUCUAAACUUUAAAGCAUCACGAUGUUGAAAUUACGUAAUAUUUUUAAGGUUUCUGAAGAUCUUAUCUUCAAUGACACAUCCCGAUUGUCUUUCUCAAGAAGGCCUAGAGCAUUUGUCACCUCUUCAAAACCUUUACUCAAGAACACGGAUGAGAAAGUGGAAGAAACAUGUGCAGAGGUAACAGAAGCAGCUGAGGAAGUUAAGGAAGGAUUCGAGCAGGUUUCAAAAAUGAAAAAAGAUGUUAAAGGAAAGGUAUUGGAGGCAAAAGGUGGUUUGGUAAAGCGGGCAAGGGAAAAUGUGGUCGAUGUUGCUGCCCAAAAAGCUAAAGAAAAAGUAAUAAAAAAUAUCAAAUGAGGAACCUGAUGUAUGUAUCUCUUGAAUGUGUUAUAUUCCAUAUUUUAUCAAACUUAUAUGUUCUCUAAUUAAUGCACUUUUGAAUAGAAUCGAUAUUCGACUUGUUAUGGGGA